CCUCCAGACCGACGAUAGCAACGUUCAUUGGUCGAUCAGCUGCAGCUGUUUACGGUCCACAUGGGCUUCGAAAGUGUCCAGGGUGCCUAAGUGACAAUGUAGUGUUUAAGAUCAUGUUCAGACUUAAUUGAAAAACUUAAAACUUAUUUUGUUGUCUCUAACUAGCCGUCUCUCCGCUGAGCGCGCGUUGUGGACGUUUAUUUACUUAUUUAGAAAAUGUCUCGUCCGGGUUUGAGCUGCCCGGGCUGCGGCUCGUCAAACAUCGUAGAGGAUGACCUGUACGCUCAGCAGCAGCUGGUGUGUGUGGACUGUGGCUCCGUGGUGUCCGAGGGAGCGCUGGCCAAUGACCCAGUGGGAGGUUCAGAGGUUAGCUACAGCAGAACCACAGCUGUGGCCAAAAAGCCAUGUAUGAACCUAAUAAAAGGUCUGCAACGUGUGAAAGCCUUAUGUCGGACUCUCAGGGUCAACAGAGAAAUUGAGGAUCUUUCAGAGACUUACUACAACCAGGCCUAUCAGCAUAAAAGUUUCAUCAAAGUGAGCCUCAACAAGAAAGAAGUUCUGGCUGGUUGCUGUGUGCUUGUAAGCUGCAGACUGCUCAACUGGCCCAUUACCAUGGGAACCAUCAGCUGCCUGCUGGAUGCCGACUCGAUGGUGGUGGGAGCAGUUUAUGAAGAAAUGGUUAAGAUUCUCAACAUCAAAGCUCCAAUUAUUAACGUUACUGACGUAAUGGAGGCUCACAGUCAGGAGUACAAAAUUAGCUCUGUCUAUGUUCCUGAAGAAUUGGCUGAGAACUCCAAGGACUUGACCAAACGAGCCGUGGCUCUGGUGGAGCUGGCAGCAGAUUCCUGGAUUGUGACUGGCCGUAAGCCCAUCCCCAUCAUGAUGGCAGCCAUCUAUUUGGCUUGGCAGUCCUUGAAACCCACCAAGCAGCGGCUCAAAUACUCUCUGGACAAAUUCUGUCAGAUUGCCAAAGUGAAUAAGCACAAGCCUGCUCUGAAGAGAAUAACUGAGAUGAAGGAGGUGCUGUGUAAGCUGGGUAAGGAAAUUCCCUGGGUUAAGGAACCAGUGACUCCAGAUAAUGUUGUUCGGCUGAUGGAGGAUAUUCUGCAGCACAGGGACGCUCUGCUUAGGAGGGCUCUGAGAACCCACGAGGAUGCUCUGCUGGCGGAUUGUCAGGCCAGCUGUGAGGACUCUCUAAUUGAGGAAACUGCUCCAUCCCAAAUAUCAGAGGUUGUAGAGCAGACUCCAGACUUGUCUUCUGUGGAACUAUGUGAAUCGAAUGCUGAAAGGGCCAAGCAACCGGGUGAUGGAGAUGAUAAUCAGUGUGCAGCAUCUGAGCAACACAGUUACACUCAGGGUAGUCAAGAUUCAUCACAAAACUGGGGAAAGAGAGUGCUGUUUGCUCCCCCAUGUGUGAUUCAUGCCAAGAAAAGGAGAGUGGAGCAGCCAGAGCCAAAGGAUGUAACUGGUGACGAGGAGAUCUCUGACAGUGAAAUUGACUCAUAUAUCCGCACUCCUAGAGAAGCUAGAGACUUCGCUCUGGCACAGAAGAUGUUUUCCAUGUCUGAAAGUGAGAAAUCAUAGCUCGAUAUGCUGUGGAGACCAGUGUGUACCUCUUUGGUCAUUGAUUAUACAAAAUAAAAUAUAUUUCUAAGCUUGAAUGCAGCUGUUUUCAAUUUGAUAGGACUGGGUUGAUAAUGAGAUCUUCCCCCAACCUUUUUAAUGUAGUUUCAUUCCAGUCAAAACAGAUUUUGUCUGUUUUCAAAUAAAGCUUGAAGUUGUUGAAAAAAAAUCUAGUUAUUGGAUCCAUCACAUGAUGUGCAACCAAGGGAAACUGACUGUGAAAUGCUUUUCUUUCAAAGGAUAUGGCUUUGCACAUUUAUAACAACUCUUUCCUUUGAAUAAGCUUUUUUGUCAUGUUAUGCAAGAAAAAACACAGUUGUAAAUAAUACAUCUAAUAAUGGUGGAAUUCAAUUUAACUGCCUCAGUCUCAGGAUGCUGGCAUGCUGGUUAAUUGUCACACUAUCAAGGCUCACUGGGACACUUGAAUAGAACAGUGUCUUUGUUAAUAUUAUUAGUUCCAUCUUUGCUUUUCCUACUUUGACAAGUCAAAAUGUCUUGUGUAAAAGGCCUACUAUGCCAAAUCUCCAAUGAAAGCAUUAAUUGUAUUGAUUGUCUAGUUAGUAAGGAGUACUUUCACUCCACCAAAAAAGUUUACUACUCCACUAUCAGUUCACCGAAACUGUUAGCAUUUCAGAAUAUAGUGAUUACACUGUUAAACAUCUUUUCAGAGUGAAAAAAAAAAAUAUUGCCAUGGUACAUGAUAAAUUUUUUAAGGUCUUCACAGAAACGGGCAACAUUCUUUUCUUUUUUCUUUGAUUCACAUCAGCCCUUGGGUUUUGUUAAGUUUAAUAUUUUAUUCUGUUUCUGCAAGCGCUGAGCUAUUUUGAAAUAUGAUGUGAUCGUGAUUUGAUGUUAGCAACUGCAGUGUACAAGUCCAUUUAAUACAUCUCUGGAACACAGGAUGUUAUAUACAGUGGACCCCACAUUCAGGUCCUAAGUAAAAUACUAAAAGUCACUUAAGGUUUUGUAGGGAUGCACACAUUUUUGGAUCAGAACUUCAGGUGUAAGUAACAGAAAUACAGUUGUGCUAAACUGGUCUUAUUUCACAGGAUGUGUCACUAAAGAAUAAACACCAUUCAACUACA